AUGGCCGGAAACAAACAGGCCUUCCUUUUCGUGAACAAGGAUUGGCAGAGCCCCUCGUUGACCAAGACCUCCGCCAAGGAGCAGACCAAUAUCAACAGUCACGUCCAACGAGGCAGGCGUCAUCAUCGCAAUCCUGCUUCUUCACGACGCAAAGAAGCUUCGAAAGACCAGACUGCACCUUCACUGAAGCAGUCCGAAAGCUCUGGUUCUUCUGAGUCUCCUCCUGAGUCAUCCUCAUCAGCGCUAGCAGUCCGUACUUCGCCUCGGCUCAGGUUCACUUCCAUCAAACGCGAAGAAAGCACCGGCCAAGAUGACGAGUCUGGUGCGUUGCGUAUACGAACUGCGCAACAGACCUCAGAUGAUCUCGUCAACAUCGCCAGUCCGUUCAAUGACAUCGAUCGAGGCCAUCGUACUACUGGAGGACUCCUAACGCCGGAUCUGUCGCCUGCAGAUAUUGCACAGUUUACGACCUCAUUAGAUCCGUUCGACAACUCGUCUAUACAUCUGGAUGCCAAGACGCAUUCGCUGAUCAACUACUACAAGGAUGUCUACCAUCCUGCCGUUUGGCACGUCGAAACUCGUGCUUCGUCCAAGGGCGAGUAUGCCUUCCAGACGACUUCGGCCGAUGUGAUCCGGAGUGCUCUGUCAAGCGACGUCGACAUGUUCGCCCUGCUAGCAUGCAUGGCUUCGCGGCUCGAAUACGUCGAUAAGGUUCCAGGAUAUUCUACUGACGAGUAUCUUGGCAAAGCGCUGUCAGCCACCAGGAAGUUUAUCGCAAAACGAGCCAGCCUGGGACCCAAGUCGCACGAAGAAAUCUUGAUGGUCAUCUUUCACUUGUAUGCAGCCGAGGGAUAUCGAAACAACGUCGCUGCGGCCAAGAUCCACAUGAAAGGUGCCAAAACUAUCGUUACCGCAAUCGGCGGGUUGAACAAGCUGAGAGACCCUCAGAUGCAGGAGCUGCUCAUCAUUGGUGACGGACUGCUAUCGGCAAUGACAUUGCAGCCCUGCGAGCUGCCAUCCGCGGAGUCAGAUCAUCCGCCAGCUCUACAAAACUUGCUGGACCAAGUCGCAGAGCUCAAUUGGGUGUUGAUGCAUGCUAAAAAUGGCAAUCCCGAUGCGAGCAAACAUGCAAUGCGCUGGAUACAGAUGCGGAGCAUGGCGAUCAGACAUGGGUUGCUGCAAUUCAACAUCAGCGAUCCUCGUCUGGAUAGCUUUAGAGGCAGUGUGGUGCUUUGGAUAGUCACCACUACUACACUGCUUGGCCUGAAGAGGUUGGCGCUUGUGAUCGCUCCACAAAUUCGUGCCAAACUUCAGGCAGCGGAACAGCAGAGUUUGAGGUACAGCCAUCGCGACAUCAAUGCGUGGAUACUGUCAUUGGGUGCGAUGAGUGCGAUGCCGGGCUCUCCUGAUACCGCAUGGUUCGUGAGUCGUCUGGCUAACCUUCUGGAUGCAAGGCGCAUCGUGGCACAUGCGGCCGUCCGGGGUGAUGGCGAAUCAACUCUGCUGAAAAUGCUUCGAGAUCUCCAGACGGCGUUCUUCUUCCAUGAGGCAGUGCACGGGGGGUAUCUGGUAGCUCUGGCGAAGAAUCUCAUGCGCGAGGCGACUACGUGA